CAAAUAGCUUACAUAUAAAAACGAGUAGGCUUAUCCUCCGUAGGCGAGAACGAAUUGUAAUAUUUUACAUUUUAAUAACAUUUCUCUUGAAAGAAGGAACAUAAAAUAUCAAAAAUGCCGGCACAUAAGCCCCCCGAGUUCAAGUUUCCCAUGCAUGAUUUGCACUUGAACCAAACUUUUCGCAACGUGAAAAUGGCCUGCACUCUGGCCCUAAUAGCCCCACUGCUACUUUACACUCUUCACAACAACCCACGCAAGAGGAAGUACAGGACCUUCUACUCCAAUUACGAUCCAUUGGAUGCAUUCGACCGUAUGAUGAGUGGCGGCUAUCUCUCCUCAUGUCCUCCAGGAAGUGGUCCCAAAAAGGAUGACAAAAAGGACAAGAAGAAGAAAUAGAUCACGAACUCUGAAGUCCACCCAAAAACUACCACGUACUAGGAUCAUUAUCUUACACUGGGCAGGGUUCUAAGAAAUUACGCGUUGAUGGUACAAUGCCCCUUAUCAUGCCUUACCAGAACUCGCGAUAAACUAUUCUAAAUCCGCAAGUUAGUUUCCCGCAGAGUCGCCACUCAUUGGAUAUCCUUAUGUCGACAUAGACCCUUGAAUCGAAAUCGAAAUUCGAAAGAAAUAACGUCUCAUUACACUAUGUAUAUCAGCUAACACGAAUAUGAUUAAAUGGAGCAUUGCAAACUAUA